AUGCAGGGCUCGGAGGCGUCGGGCUCCGGUGCGAUCGCUGACCUGCCCUCGACGUUGAGAACGGUGGUGAUUGGCAACCCGGCGACGUCACCGAUCGGCUUCGCAUCCUCACAGUCCCAACCCACACUUACACCGACCGGACUAUCGCCUUCACGGCAACAAAUCCUAGAAAAUCUGCAAAAUGGUAUCUCAUCGCUCGACUUUCAGGGCGACCGCCUGGUCGCCAGUGGCAACUCCACCGGAUCGACCGGCAAAGGCAUCCUGAUCGGGCUCCUGUCUGCCUUUGGCUCGGCGACAGUUGCAGUGGUCAUCCUCGCGGUCUUCUUUUUCUUCAAGUAUACCCGCCGUGGGCGGAUUAUGCUCGAUCGCAUCGGCCGACCGGGCGAGUACGAUGAUGAGCAGGCGUUCCUGCGCGAGGAGGAGGCGGCGCUGGAGGAGAUGGAUGAUUUGUCGCGGUCAGAAUACUUGCGAGCCAAAGCGAAUCCUGCCGAGUCGAUGCAAACCGAUAUCUCGCUGUCGCAGUUCCUCGCCAUCCAAGAAAAGGGUGUUUCUGCGUGGGAAUUCCAACCCGAACUAGAGAUCGCCAACUGCUUUGUCGAAGGUCGGACAGAGAUCGAAUUCUUCGACUCGGAGUGCAGUGUCCAGACCAACCUCCCGAUCCCCAAACAGAACGAGGUCUACUAUUGGGAGGCAAAGAUCUACGAUAAGCCGGAGUCGACGACGAUUGGUGUUGGCCUCACCACCAAGCCGUAUCCUCUCUUCCGCAUGCCCGCCUAUCAGUCGACUGGCCAUCGCAGACACAACCAACCAUUCAAUCCAACACCGUACGGGCCCCCGCUCCUUCAAGGCGAUGUCAUCGGUGUUGGUUAUCGACCUCGAGCGGGCACGGUUUUCUUCACACGCAAUGGUAAGAGACUCGAAGACGUGGCACACAACUACCGCGCCCAGAACCUGUUCCCUACAAUCGGCGCGAACGGUCCCUGCAGCGUCCAUGUGAACUUUGGGCAAAUGGGAUUCGUGUUUAUCGAAGCCAACGUCAAGAAAUGGGGUCUGGCGCCUAUGACGGGGAGUUUGGCCCCGCCCCCACCCUAUGGAAGCGAGCAAGGCAGCAUCUUACUCGAAGCGGGCCGCGAGAGCGCUUCGCAGAUCUCGCAACGGGUGUAUCAGAACGCGAACUUUUCUGCGACGAACUCCAGUAUCAGAAUCCCUCCGGCCGUUAGCCCCGGCCCUGCCCGAUCUCCUACCGACAUCUCUCUUGCCCAACUGGCCCACAUCCCUUCCAACGAGGAUGCCGGUGAGGGGUCCAGCCGGAUUACUACCAAUGAUGAAAACGCAACGAGCCUUGCCCCAACGCCCUUAUCUGGGGCCCCGGACGAGCAAGGCAUUUUACCUCCGGAGUAUUCGAGCCCCGGAAGCAGUCGUCGAGGCAGCGAUGCCUCCUUGGAAUUUCCUGCCCGGCAGUCCCAGCCUGCGGCUCCCCACGACUGGUCUGACGAUACCCAGAAUCUCCCAAGCUACCAAACCGUGGUCGGAACCGACCCCUGA